AUGAACUGGGGGUCCCUGCAGGGCCUCCUGAGCGGAGUGAACAAGUACUCCACGGCGCUCGGCCGCAUCUGGCUGUCAGUGGUGUUCAUCUUCCGGGUGCUGGUGUUCGUGGUGGCGGCGGAGGACGUGUGGGAUGACGAGCAGAAGGACUUCAUCUGCAACACCAAGCAGCCAGGCUGCCCCAACGUGUGCUACGACGAGUUCUUCCCCGUGUCCCACGUGCGCCUCUGGGCCCUGCAGCUCAUCCUGGUCACCUGCCCCUCGCUGCUGGUGGUCAUGCACGUGGCCUACCGCGAGGAGCGGGAGCGGCGGCACCGCCUCAAGCACGGGCCCAACGCCCCAUCCCUGUACGACAACCCAAGCAAGAAGCGGGGUGGCCUCUGGUGGACGUACCUGCUAAGCCUCGUCUUCAAGGCCGCCGUGGACUCCGGCUUCCUCUACACCUUCCACCGCCUCUACGAGGGCCACUACGACAUGCCCCGCGUGGUGGCCUGCUCCCAGGCGCCCUGCCCCCACACCGUGGACUGCUACAUCUCCCGGCCCACGGAGAAGAAGGUCUUCACCUACUUCAUGGUGGCCACGGCUGUGAUCUGCAUCCUGCUCAACCUCAGUGAGGUCGCCUACCUGGUGGGCAAGAGGUGCCUGGAGAUCGUGGGCCCCAGGCGCCGCCGGUCUCGACGCCGGAGUCGCCUGCACGAUUCGUGCCCCCCCUAUGCCCUCUCCCAGGGAGACCACCCCCAAGAUGGGAACUCUGUCCUAAUGAAGGCCAGCUCGGCCGUGGUGGAUGCAGGUGGGUACCCGUGA